UCCAAUUGCGCUUUGAGUCAAUGCCGCUAACCGAGAAUAGGAACCGUGUUGUUCUCUCCCGUUCCAAGGACAUUUGGAUGACGCUCUAAGGAUUUAAUCCGAUGUUGAAGCUGCGUACAAAUUGAGAAGAUCGAUCAACGUGUAACGGAGCAAAUGGAGGUAUUCGGGGUUAUUAAUGUGAAACGGACAACGGGGCAGGAUGCUCGUGUGUGAUGCGGCCGAACGCGCGCGCCGCGCACCUGCAGUAUACGCGCAGAGGCGCGUGAGCCCUCGGCGCUACAUCGACUGUCAAUCUAGUGCGUUGUUUUAGUAAUAUUGUGUCAAAUCGAGACCUGAAUGGUACUAUUAUUAAACGCAAAUCGUUCGAGCGUUGUGUAGUAAAGCUUAAUGUUUAUUAAUAUAACGUUGAUGUGUUAUUGUUUUGAUGGAGUCUCAGUCUUUAUUAUACUAUAACGGGGUAAGAACAGCCGGUGGUAACAGCACAGUUUUUGGUAAAAACCGAACGUUGCAUGGCACAUUUCCCGCAAGCUGAAUAACGUGAGUGUUUGUGCAGUAAAACAGAUAAGAUACCUUCUGUGUGUAUGCUAUGUUAGUGCAUCAGUGUGCGUUUGUGUAACGUUACCAAACAAGCUACAAAAAACGGCCGAAUCUUACGCUGCCCGUCAGGAUGGCAUCUGGUGCUGAAAGGGAACCGGAGGGAGGGGGGCUCGCACCCGCGAAAUCUUUCCCGUACCCCUGCUUGUGCGAGGAAUCAACUGGGGGGGUGAAAUCUAAGAGCCUUCCUACGCUCAACGACAGUCAGGCUCCGGAGGCUGAUCAGACUCUGCUGUCCGGUCCGCACGGAUCUCCGGUCAGGAAAGAGUGUCGUGAGACGGAGGGUCGCGGCGCUGCUGCGCUCGUGAGGUUCCGACUGCCGCGGGUGCCGGUGCAACGCUAUGUGGACAAGAUCCUGUCGGACUCACGAUGCUUCUUGUUCUGCAUGUGUUAUCUCACCUUUAUUCAGUCACUGAUGGUGUCCGGAUAUCUCAGCAGCGUCAUUACCACAAUAGAAAAGCGUUACAGUCUGCGGAGCUCAGAGUCAGGUCUACUGGUCAGCUGUUUUGACAUCGGUAGUCUCAUCGUUGUGGUCUUCAUCAGCUACUUCGGUGGCCGGGGCCAAAGACCUCGCUGGCUGGCCAUAGGGGGCAUCUUCAUUGCAGUGGGGGCAGCCCUCUUUUCAUUACCUCACUUCAUCUCCCCACCCUAUCAACUGGAAGAACUGAAUAGCACGGUCGGGGGUGAAGGACUGUGUGCCAGCGGGAACAGCAGUGGGCAGGAGAAGCAAACGCUUUCUAGGUGCCAGAGGGACCGCGAGGAGAGUGAGCAUGCCCUGUACGUGGUGCUGUUCAUCUGCGCUCAGAUCCUAGUGGGAAUGGGUUCGACUCCCAUAUACACACUUGGGCCAACUUACCUUGAUGACAAUGUGAAGAAAGAGAAUGCAUCUCUGUACCUGGCUAUCAUGUAUGUAAUGGGAGCUCUUGGACCAGCUGCCGGGUAUCUGCUGGGUGGGAUUAUGAUCGGGUUCUAUGUUGACCCUGGUACCACUGUCAGUAUUGACCAGAGUGACCCACGGUUUGUGGGAAACUGGUGGAGCGGUUUCCUCCUGUGUGCUGUGGCAAUGCUGUUGGUAAUCUUCCCCAUGUUUUCCUUUCCUAAAAAACUUCCGCCUCGCCACAAGAAAAGUAAGAGGCAUGGGAAAAAGACUCCAGGUGAUGUGUCCAGUGAUGAUGAGAUGAUGAAGGAAAAGAGCCAGGCCGUCACAUCCUCCAUGGGGUUUGACAAAAACAUCAAAGAUUUGCCCAAAGCAGCAGUACGAAUUCUGAGCAAUGUGACCUUUUUUUUUGUGAGUUUGUCGUACACAGCGGAAUGUGCCAUCGUCACGGCUUUCAUCACUUUCAUUCCCAAAUUUAUUGAGUCUCAAUUCGGUGUCCCUGCAUCUAAUGCCAGUAUAUACACAGGUCUGAUCAUUGUGCCAAGUGCAGGUGUGGGUAUAGUUCUUGGUGGCUACAUCAUAAAGAAGUUGAAACUGGGUGCAAGAGAAGCAGCAAAGCUUGCCAUGAUUUGCAGCGGUGUGUCUCUUCUUUGCUUCUCCACGCUGUUCAUUGUGGGCUGUGAGAGCAUCAAUCUCGGCGGGAUCAAUAUCCCGUACACCACCGGGCCCACGCUGACUCUGUCUCACCGAAACCUGACGGGAAGCUGCAACGUCAACUGCGGCUGCAGGAUCCACGAGUAUGCACCUGUCUGCGGCUCAGAUGGCAUUACAUAUUUUAACCCAUGCUUGGCUGGCUGCAGCAAUAUUGCCAACUAUACCUCAGGAAUCAGAAACUAUUCCGACUGUGCGUGCGUUCAGAGCAGACAGGUCAUAACUCCGUCGGGCGGAAACCACGAGCUGCAGGUGGUGAUCGUGAAGACGUACCUGAACGAGAACGGUUACGCGCUGGCGGGAAAGUGCGAACGCACUUGUGGAACGCUCUUAACCUUCCUCAUCUUCCUCUUCAUCGUCACUCUCAUAACUGCCUGUGGGCAGCCGUCCGUCAUCAUCGUUACGCUCAGGUCGGUGGAUGAGGAGGACAGGCCAUUUGCUCUAGGAAUGCAGUUUGUUCUUCUCAGGACUCUCGCUUACAUCCCCACUCCGAUUUAUUUUGGAGCUGUGAUUGACACCACAUGUAUGUUGUGGCAGCAAGACUGCGGUUUCCAUGGAUCCUGCUGGGAGUACGAUGUCACAUCCCUUCGAUUUGUUUACUUCGGUCUGGCAGCGAGCCUGAAGUUCCUGGGCUUCCUCUUCAUCUUCCUAACCUGGUAUUCGCUGAAGCGUCGCGAGGAGCAGACGACGACGCAUCCACACACUCUUUCGCCGCUGGACACGGUGAGCCACCUCAUCUGCCACGCCGGAGGUCACAAAGGCCACGCCCGCACACGCUCUUGUCCUGUCUUCCUGCCCCGCCUGCCUGAACACACCCACGCUGCAAUGCCAAAUGGGCACUCCCUUAGCCGUGGUAACAGUUGCCCUGGCAAUGGCCUGAAAGCAAUAACUCCACCAAUACGGUCUCUUGAGAAAGUGGGAGUCUGAGAGGAGUGGAACCACACACCAGUACACAUGCAUGCAUCAUACAAAUCUGAAGGCCGUGUGUGAAGGUGCUCACACCACAUUGCUUAUAGCCAUUGCUGGUGCCUUUUUUUAAACACACAGACACUUCAAGUAGAUCUCAAAACAGUAAAUUUGUAAAACACUAAGUAGUUCUAAAACCUUUUUAGACAGAAUACCUCAGCAGGACAAAUACCUCUCAUCAUAUCUCCAUGUCCUGUACGUGUCAUGUAGGUCGCGCACAUCCUAGCAUAUAAUUAUAGUUACUUGCUCAUCUCAUUUUUGAAAACAGCGAAAGGGAACGAGACUGCAGAUUUACUAUGCAAACUCCUCCCAUUGCACCAUCCAACAUAUUAGCUCCACCUUCCCUACAUACCUUUCUUACAGCGCUGACUCCACCCAGUAAUAUUAUCUCCACCAAAACGGCAAACUCCUACCACAGCACUUGCUUCACCAUUAUAAAAGCCCUUGCCAACUCUAAAAUCUUCACCUGACAUGUUAACGCUCCCCAAACUGUGAUUUUUUUUUCCCAUAUCACUAUCUCCGCCUAAAUCAUAGUAGCCCUCCCACACUGCAAACUCCUCCCAUAGCAACCAUAUUAACGUAGUAGUUAGAAACUUACGGGGGGGGGGGAUGUGGGAUGAGAGACGAAACCUUGUACCAGAUUUUUGCUCUUUUUUUCUGAUUUAUGCCACUUAUUUUUCAGCCUUUUGGCUUGAGUGUCUGACAUUUCUAUAUUUCUUUGUGUCCUUAUUGUCUUACCGUUUGACUUUUGUGCAUCAUAUCAGUAUUCAUGUCACCUUCCCUUGGUCUUGAUUGCAUCUGAUUUUGGUGGUCAACCGUCAUCUGUGUAAAUUACAUGUACACAAAACAUGCAUCGCAUAUCAGCGAAACAUCAUCUCGUCAAAUUUCUAAAACUUUCACACUUACAUCUUCAGCUAUCAAGUAUUAGUGCUGUUCAAAAUAACAGGGUUAUUAUACAACAUUUGAUAACUGUCUAGACCAGCUUUAAACAGAAACCAGUUGAUCAUGACAUGACUCCAAUAGAAACAGAGCAUAAUCUAGACAUUUACUUUACUAAAGAUGAUGAAAUGUUUUUUCCUCUCCUUUAUUCCCAGCCAUUCUUUUGUUAUUGUGCUCUGUUUGUGAACAAAUGAUGCAUUGAAUACAAUUAUUUAUUUGAAGGUGUGCCCGGGUUUGGUUAUCAAUAGCAAACCUGGAGAAAUGAUUUACUAACUGUUUUGGUUUACAUGUACAUAUAUAAAUAAAGGAUUUGU